AUGAAAUAUGUUCUUAAAGAGGAAUUUAAAACUAAAUACUCCUUAGGAAGUGAUGUAGUGGGAGAUUUAGAAAUAGUUAAUAGUGGGACAACAUUAAAAGAUUUAGAGCAAGCCUUUCCCGAAAAAGAAAAAACUCGUUUUGGACUGAAAAAGAACGGUCGAGAUUCCGAUAUGAAAGAAGAAACUUGGAAAACGUUGGAACAAAUUUAUGAGGAAUGGUGUACGGAGCAAACCCAAUAUCAAGAAUUAACUUCCGAUGAAAAAGAAGAAUUAAAGAAAGAAAAAUCAAUUGUGCAAGAAGAUUUAGAUUUAAUAAAUAGUAUUCCGCCCCAUAAACUUUCAAAAAAUGAUAAUACCGAUAAUACUAAUACUUCUUAUGUUCUGGAUGCAACUCCUAGUGGCGGAUUUACUUAUUAUUCAGUUCGCGACCCCAUCCAAAGCAAAUUUCCUCAGGAAAAUUAUCGGGAUUUGGUUAGUGAGUUUGAAAAAUUAUUUUUGAGUAUUGAUGGUUAUUAUUCUAAUCUUUCGAAAUAUGUAAUAGAUAGUCGAAAUAGUAAUGAAUAUUAUGACUUACCAGAUUUUUUUAGUGAAGAAGAUGAAGAAAAAACGAAAAUUCACCAAAUGUAUCUCCGCGAAGUAAGCCUAAAAGAAGAAUUAGAAAGAAAAACCACAGAAUAUCUAGGUAAGUUAGGAGCCGAAAAAGAGGGUAUUGAUAGCUUAUUGCGAGAUUUAAAUUUAACCAAUAAUCAUCAACAACAGCAGAAUAAUGAUGAUAACAAUAAUCCACCUCCCAGCAAUAAUAAGAAAGAGGAAUUUAACGCCAAUUUAGUUUAUUCUUCCGAACAAGAAUUAGUUCCAUUAAUUCAAUUUCUUGACUUAGAAAAUAAAAAAUUAACUGGCAUUCUCGACUUAACUAUUUUCCCUAAUUUGGAGCAAGUUAAUUGUAGUCAUAACUUUUUGCGAGGCAUAAAAACCCCCGCCGGCAUUAAAAAUAUUCAAGCCGCUAAUAAUAGCAUUUCUAGUCCGCAACAAAUAAUCCAAGGUUUACAAAAAAACUCAGUCAAUGAAAGAUUUGAGAUUAAUCGCUUAAAAAAAUCCUUAGCGGUAGUUCAAGCUAACCAUGAUAAAAUAAAAGCCGAAUUAGACCAAGCCCGAACUAAUUGA